AUGGAGGGUCAAAACGAGAAUGAUGAGCUCUACCCCAUCGCGGUGCUCAUUGAUGAGUUGAAGCAUGAUGAUGUACUCCUCCGCCUCAACGCCAUCCACCGUCUUUCCACGAUUGCUCUUGCUCUCGGCCCCGAGAGAACCCGGGAUGAGCUUAUCCCAUUCCUCGACGACUCUGUGGAGGAUGAAGAUGAGGUUCUAACUGCGCUGAGCGAGGAAUUGGGGAACUUCACAGAGUAUGUCGGUGGACCUGAAUACGCGCACGUGCUCUUGUCUCCGCUUGAGAACCUGGCUGCGAUUGAGGAACCAUUGGUCCGAGAGAAGGCAGUCGAAUCGCUGAAUAAGGUCUGCGAGCAGCUGAACGAAAGCCAAGUCGAAGAGCACUUUGUCCCGUUGACUAUUCAUCUUUCCAAAGCCGACUGGUUCACCUCCAAGGUCUCUGCCACAGGUCUUUACAGCACACCAUACCGGAAAGCCACCCCUAGCACUCAACAGACCCUCCGCCAGCAGUUCGGAGCCCUUGUACAUGAUGAGACCCCCAUGGUGCGACGACAAGCGGCCAACAACUUGGCCAAGUUCGUCAAAGAGAUGACUGCCCCCGUAGUGAUCGAAGAAAUGAUACCCCUUUUCCAAUACCUUGCGAGCGAUGAUCAGGACAGCGUGCGCCUACUGACGGUGGAUAUCCUCAUAUCGAUCGCGGAGGAAAUUCCCAAGGAGCAACAGCCCAGCCACGGAGUGCUGUUGACUUCGUUGCGCAACCUGUUCGAGGACAAAAGCUGGAGAGUGCGAUACAUGGUUGCCGAUCGAUAUGAGAAGAUCGCUAAAGCCGUGCAUGAGGAAGUCGUUACCCGCGAUAUGGUUCCGGCUUUCGUCAAGCUCCUCAAAGAUACCGAAGCUGAGGUUCGCACUGCCAUUGCUGGCCAGAUUCCGGGAUUCUGUACUUUGAUUGACCGCGAUACCCUGUUGAACGAGAUCAUGACCAGCGUAGAGGAUCUCGUCUCAGAUCAAUCUCAGCAUGUUCGGGCGGCCCUCGGAACUCAAAUUAGUGGUCUUGCACCUAUCCUAGGCAAGGAAGAAACUAUUGCGCACCUCCUCCCUAUGUUCCUCUCCAUGCUUAAAGAUGACUUCCCCGAUGUUCGCCUUCACAUUAUCUCGAAGCUUGAACAGGUGAACCAAGUCAUUGGUAUCGACCUUCUCUCGCAGUCUCUUCUUCCCGCUAUUGUCCAGCUGGCUGAAGACAAGCAAUGGCGCGUUCGUCUCGCCAUCAUCGAAUAUAUUCCCCUUCUCGCCAGCCAAUUAGGGGUCAAAUUCUUUGAUGAACAGCUUAGUGAUCUCUGCAUGGGAUGGCUGGGCGACACUGUUUUCUCAAUCCGCGAAGCUGCUACUACUAAUUUGAGGAAGCUCACAGAGGUCUUUGGAGUGGACUGGUCCAAGGAGUCUAUUAUUCCCAAGGUGGUUGCUAUGGGUCAACAUCCUAACUACCUUUACCGCAUGACGACAUGUUUUGCUAUUUCAACUCUUGCCCCCGUUGUCACCCUCGAAAUUAUCGAAAACUCUAUCCUGCCCAUCCUGGAACGCCUGGUGACAGACGAAAUCCCCAACAUCCGAUUUAACGUUGCUAAGUCGUACGCUGUGCUUAUUGACACCCUUCGCCGUCUGCCUGAGGGAAAAACUUUGACUGAAGUUGAGAAGUCAGGAGAAAUCGCCACUCCUUCGCCAAAGAGCCAGGAUGUCAUCCAGCAAAGGGUUCUACCCAGCCUCGCAAAACUUCAGGAAGAUGAUGACGUUGAUGUCCGGUAUUUCGCUACCACUGCCACUGGCAACCCGGAGGAAGCUAUGCAGACUUCCCCGUGA